AUGAAUAAUUCUCCCUACAUUGUCAAAAGGAAGCAGCGAAUUGGAGAUUGGGUGUGUGGCAAUUGCAAAAAUCUUAACUUCUCAUUCAGAAACGCAUGUAAUAGAUGCAAUAAACCCCCCACUAAAACACCCUCCAAACAUUAAUACAGAGGAUUCCAAACUCUAGUUCUGAUCCAUUAUGAGGAACCAACUGAAAGCAUGGAUGAUCUGCUUGAAAACUAAAUCGAUCCAAAUGUCACAUCAAGUCUAUUAGUCUUAGGCUUAGAUCAAUUUUGAAUUUGUAAUUUUUUCCAAAUUUUUCUUUCAUAAAUUUUCGAUAUCAA